CCUUUCAUUGUCAGAAGUAUUUGGAUUCUGUGAGAUGCGAAAGAACAGCGCAAGCAUGGAACAGGGGCCUGAGCGGGAACCCAGGCGUAUAAGAGAGGGAUACUUGGUGAAGAAGGGUAGCAUGUUUAACAACUGGAAACCAAUGUGGGUAGUUCUGUCAGAAGAUGCAGUUGAAGUCUUUAAGAAGAAGACUGACAACAGUCCUAAAGGAAUGAUUCCUCUAAAGGGAAGCACCCUGACAAGCCCCUGCCAGGAUUUUGGUAAAAGGAUGUUUGUCAUCAAACUCACAACUUCCAAACAACAAGAUCACUUCUUCCAAGCAUCUCAUCUUGAAGAGAGAGACGCCUGGGUGAAAGACAUCAAGAAGGCCAUUAACUGCAUUUUGGGAGGUCAAAGAUUUUCCCGGAAAUCUACCAGGAAGUCUCUCAAGCUUCCUUCAUCCAUCAAUCUGAGUGCUUUGUAUCUCUCAAUGAAAGACCCAGACAAAGGGAUACGAGAAAUGAAGCUUGAAAAAGACAAGAAAAUUUUCAAUCACUGCUUUACAGGUAGUUGUGUGAUUGAUUGGCUGUUGUCAAACAGUUCGAUCCGAAAUCGCCACGAGGGCCUAAUGAUGGCAUCUGCCCUGUUGAAUGAAGGCUAUUUUCAGGCCGCUGGGGAUAUAUCCAAGAAUGCAGCUGAAGGCCUGUCAGAAAAUUCCUUCCUUGACCACGAGGAUGCCUAUUAUUACUUCGCAGACAGUGGAUUCUUCUGUGAAGGAAAUUCCAGUGAUGAUGAUGGAGUCUUCAAGGAAGAGUUCAGAGGCACAGUGGUCAAACAGGGGUGCCUACUGAAACAGGGGCACCGGAGGAAAAACUGGAAAGUACGGAAGUUUGUGCUGAGAGAGGACCCUGCCUAUAUGCACUACUACGACCCUGCCGGGGGAGAAGAGCCGCUUGGAGCCAUUCACUUGAGGGGUUGUGUGGUGACAGCAGUGGAGGACACACCAGAUGGCAAGAAAAAUGAAGUCGAGGGGAACCUGUUUGAAAUCAUUACUGCGAACGAGGUCCACUUUCUCCUGCAAGCAGCCACCUCUGCAGAACGCACAGAAUGGAUCAAGGCCAUUCAGAUUGUCUCCAGGACUGGGAAGUGAAGAAUCACAGACUGUGGCCCAGGGUUAGACAAGUUGUGGCCCUCCAUGUGGUGAUGGGAAUUGCAGUCCGUCAACAUCUGGAGAGUCAUAGGUUGCCUACCUCUGCUGUAGCAGAAGAAAGUGUUUCUUGUUCAAAGGGAUUUCCCCCCCCCCUCACCCAGGCAGCUCUUUGUAACUUUGCUCAUAUACAUGAAUAUAAGAGCGGUUUGACUUUUUAACUUUUUCUUUGACCAUAUUUAUCAUGCUUGUCUCCCACUGGCUUUCUGUACCUGCCCAUCAUCUAAAAUAGAACCAUUUGGUAUAAUGGAAAUAUUAUAAUCAAAAGGUUCUUACUUAUUCCUGCCAAGUUAAGGGGAGUGCUUUGAGGCAGAAGCAUGAAUAAGCGUCACAUCAGCCUUAUGAUUUCUGCAUAUGACAGCAGUGAACAACUGUUUGGUUUGUAAAAUGUGUUCUGCAUCAAUCGCCCUGACCUUCAGCCACUCCACAUCUAUCUGUAGAUGUCCCCCACUCAAGUAAACAGAUUUCUGUUUGUGCCAAUAGAGAUGUGCAAGAAUCAGAGCUGUCACUAACAUUAAUAUGGAAAUAUAGAAAAUACAGCCUUGCCUUUUC